GAGGCACACCUCGGCGUCAGCCGUGCGACUCACCCUUUUACCCCAUGUCGGACGUUUACAAGAAAGCCAAGCCCGGCCGCCUCGUCUUCAAGGGCGGCGAGGCCGCCACCCUCCGCAAGCCCAAGAAGCAAAAGAAGAACAAGAAGCCCGCCGACGAUGUCCCCGCCGACGCCGACGCUGAAGCCGCCGCCGCCGCUGCUGCCGCUGCGGCCACGGAGGGCGCCGAAGCCGGAGGCGACUACACCAUCGACGCGGCGAAGCGGAUGAAGUACGAGGAGCUGUUCCCCGUGGAGACGAGGAAGUUCGGGUACGACCCGUCCAACGCCGCCCGCACCUCCCGCGACCGCACCGUCGAGCAGGCCCUCGACGACCGCGUGAGGAAGAAGGCCGACCGCUACUGCAAGUGAGGUGAUUAACUCAUCUUAGUCGUUUGCUGCUGUGAUGGACAGAAGGCUCACUUCAGUUAGUUGUUCUCAAUGUAUCAGAAAGUGCAUCUUUGGACAACUGUUAGUCCAAUGGUGGCAUAUGUAAUAGAGCUAGUCUCUGCAGCGAUCAAGCAAUUCCUUUAUCUUGCAUGUUUGUACUAGUAAACACAUGUGGUAUAAAAUCUCAUGUUCACUCUCGGUUGUCCGUUUUGGUCAAUUGGAUAAAUGGUGUAUGCUUGGUACAUGCCAAUUUAUAACUGUGUUCUCCA